AUGGUAGAGGGCACGCAGGUCCCAACAAUCGGCAACUACCUCCUGGCAGCAGAGGCUUUCUUCUCUGAAAGGUAUGAUCUUGUGAAGGAGUGGAAGGACAAGUGCGAGAACGCCACCAAUACUCCCUUCGCGAACGAGGAGCUCUGCAAGGAGAAGAUUUGCCUUUACUACGACAAGAAGAUUGGCUGCGACGAGACGCAGGAGGUCUUCGAGAAGAAGUCCUGCGACCUUCACAAAAGCUACACCUGCGGAAAAUACUCCGACUGCUAUGACCAGAAGAAGGACAUCUACUCGAACGUCGUGGCCCUGGCCAAGGAGAACGAGGUCGCGGCCAAGGCUGAGUGGAGGGCUGUGAAGAGGAUCGAGUGCUUGAUCAACGCUCUGCGCGCUCCGCAGAGCGAGCUUGAUGCCGCCAUCGAAGCCUGCAAGGGCAAGAUCUACGCCACCACGGAUGUGCAGUUGACCUACAAAGGCGAUGCGCCGGCGGCGCGAUCGUGCACGGAGGCCUUGGGCGACCCAAGGUGCUAUUCUGCCGACGAUGUCAUCUUCGAUCGGCAAAAGGCUGCCGCAAAGAAGAAAGGCGAUGUGUGCAGCUGGUGCUUCGUGCUGGCGCAAGCUCGCGCAGGUGCAGGGAGGGGACCGGGCGGGGCAGAGAACGAUAACGGUGCACGGGGACGGUGCACGGGUCUAGGGAAGGGGCAGGAGGGGACCGGGGCAGAGAGCGAUAACGGUGCACGGGGACGGUGCCCGGAAAAGGAAGGCGCAGGGAGGGGACCGGGGCAGAAGACCGAUAACGGUGCACGGGAAAGGGCAGGGGCAGAGAGCGAUAACGGUGCACGGGUGCACGGGAAGGUGCAGGGAGGGGUGCAGGGAGGGACCGGAACAGAGAGCGAUAACGGCGCACGGGGACGGGUGUACGGACGGGGCAGGGAGGGCACCGGGGCAGAGAGCGAUAACGGUGCAUGGGGAGGGUGCACGGGUGCACGGAAGGGGCAGGGAGGGGACGGGGCAGAGAGCGAUAACGGUGCACGGGUGUAG